GAUAUCCGUAAAUAUAUUCCUUUAUGAAUUUGUAUUAAACACAUAGUGCUUUAUUAGAACGCUGAUAUUUCCUUUACAUGUACAUACAAAUUUGUAUAAAAAAACAUGAUGCUUUAUUAUAACGCUGAUGUUAUCUAUUAUGUCUGUUAUAUUGAUAAUGGGAGCUGUGGUGACUCAGUGAGUAAGAUGUUGGUUCGCUAAUCGGGAGGUCCUGUGUUUGAUCCCAGUGUUGGCUGAGAAAUUUCAUCAUGAUUUUCCAGUGUGGUUCCCCCUUGUCAGUGUGUCUGUAUUAUAUUGAUAAGGGGAGCUGUGGUAUCUCAAAGAGUAAAUAUAAGGUGACUGAAAAGGCUGUAGAGGUUCAAUUAUGGAAAAAUGGUGUGGGAGAGAUAUGGCCAAGACUGACAGAAAAAACAAUCAAAUUACAUUGGCUUAAAAUAGAUUUUGAUAAAUUUCAUCUUGAAGAUGACUCUGAAGAUGAAAGGAACAACGAAACAGGGGUAAUGGAAGACUUUGACAAAAACUUUUUAUAUGAUAAAGAUAAACAUCCAAUGAAUUUCAAGUUAACCUACACUUUCUUAUACAACUUAUUUCAAUUUCUUGGCUUUUUCUAUAUAUUCAUUAGAUUACAGUAUAAGUUUAUACAAAAUGGUGAAGAUGCCAAAACAACAGCAUUUGAAGAUGUUGGUAACCAGGUGAUGUUGUGUCAAAUGGUAGCGAUAUUGGAAGUGGUACAUCCAAUGAUAGGUCUUGUGAAAACUGGUUGGGUAGCACCAUUUGCACAGGUAUUUGGUCGAAAUCUGAUCUUAUUUCUUCUGGUAUUACAAGAGCCAUUGAUACAAAUAGCUCCAGUUGUAUGGUAUUUAUUUGUUGUAUGGAGUUUUAUAGAAUUAGUUAGAUACCCAUACUAUAUGUUCAGCAGUUCUAAUAUAGAAAUUAAUCUUUUAACCUGGUUAAGAUAUACUUUAUGGAUACCUUUAUAUCCACUUGGUUUUCUUAUGGAAGGGACAGUAGUUAUUAUGAGUAUACCAUUAUUUGAACAAAGUAAUAAGUUCAGUAUUAUGUAUCCUGGUAGUGACAGAUAUAUCCUCUAUUUCCCGUGGUUUUUACAUGCAUAUUUAGUUCUCUUAGCUCUAGCUGCCUACAAAAUGAUGAACUAUAUGUAUAUUCAAAGAAAGAAGAAACUUGGUGUUGGAUAUAAAUCGAAAACCAGUGAGAAAAAAAAAUCAGCCUAGAAAUUUCCAUAUUUAUUCUCCAUGUUGUGAUUAUUGUGAUAAUUAAUUGUGUGAUUAAGUUUUCAUGACAGUAGCUUUAACUAAAUUUGAACAUUUAUUAUCCAUUUGAGUUAAUGUAUGGUACAAACUACAUUGUGUCAUUUAUAAAAGAACAUAGAAAACUUGUGUGGUAUGUACUAAAUUUCAUUUGUUGCAUUCACAGUCUCACUCAAGUCUGACUGAAUUGAAAAUAGCCCUCAGGUUUGUUAGAUUAAAUGGAUUAACAACAUCUUAUUGGUUUGCAUGCAUUUCCCAACCAAAGACAAUUCCAAAUUUGGCAUUAAUAAUGAUGAUAUUAAUCUUCAUUCAUGCAUAGUCAGUGUAUUCUAUUUGUGUACUUUUUUAUAUUAUGUCUAUUUUUUGCAGAUCAGCCAAAUAUUAAUUUUAAUAUGUGAAUUUAACUAAAAUUGUAUAACAGAACAUAACUUUUGGAUUUGGAUGAAUAAUGGAAAUAUUAAUUUCAUUUUGUUUUUCCUAUAUGACAAAGCUUUACCUGUCACUAAGAGAAAUAACUUCAACUAAAUAAAACAGAUCAACUAAAUACAACACUUCAUUUUAACCUAGUUAGGUGCUGAUCUACAAAUUACAAAUGUGGAUAUCAUGUAGAAAUUUUAACCAUUAAAUUCUACAUCAAACGAACAAAUUUAAGAAAUUAGAUUUAUUGUUUAUUGACUUAAGUCUAUGGAAAGGGUAAUUAAGUGUAGAUGCAUUAUGUAAGAGCUAAAUCUGCUUAUUGCAGGUCAGGGGUGAGGGAGGGGGGUGGUGGAUGGCUGAAUGGUUAGCAGGAGUGGACUGUAUCAUAAGGUCCGUCAUUGAGUCAACUGGCGUGGUUUCGAUUCCCCGGUUGUACAUGACAAGGAGUAGGGUCGCCUGUCCAACCUUGUGGGUUUUCUCCGGGUCCUCCGGUUUCCUCCCACUCCUAAAGACCCCUAUGCGCAAGCGAAUUAUUUAAAUUAAAUUUAACCAUAUGUUGGUACCGAAAGGACCUAGUUUUUGUGGAGUGGACAUUAAACCCUAUUUCUCUGUCUCUCUGUCAUUGCUAAGAAUAAAGUAAUUGAAAUGAAAUUUGAACUAUAAUAGCAAGAACAGCCAACUCUAUAUCUAAAUCUUACAUAAUGCAUCUUUAACAUUAUAAAAGCCUAAUUAUUUAACCAUUGAUGUUCAAACUACUUCAAAACUUUCGAAAGUGCAAUAGAUGAACAUAUGACCUCAAAUUAUUAGAUAUCUUUAAAAAGGAUGUAAAAAAUAAUUUAAUAUCUUUUUUAUAUGUGUAUAUGAAUCAUACGAUGAUUUUUCACCAGUCUCUGUGUCAAAUAUUAGAACUUUUUAUGUAUACAUUUAUUGUAACGGGUUGUAUUUUUAUUCUAUAAAUAUUUAAAUGACAUCUAGUUAAACACCUGUAUACCGGUUACUGCUUUUUUAAAACUUAUUUUAUUGAUAUUUUACAUUGAUAUUUUACAUUUAAACAUUCCAAUAUUAGAGGUGUUUUAGGGAUAUUAUUGAACAACUGGCAACAAACUGAACCAAACUAAACUGAUAUCAGAUCACAAUUUAAAAUUUCUAUCCAAAAUGAAUUUUUUGCAUAAAUUGGUCAUUUUAUAAUUGUCAUGUUAUAUUAGAUCAAAAUGUAUCCUGCAUAUAUAGAAGCCUUAUUCUAUCUAGGAGUAAUAUGAAUAUUUAAAUUAAAUCCAACAUCUAAAUUCACAGGAUUUGUCAUUUGUAAUUUAAAUGUAAUGAAAUAUGGACAGAAAUAUGUAGUUUAUCAGUAAUCUGGUUCUCAUCUCCAACUUUGUCGCUUUUGUUCCUUCUGCAAUUAAUUUGGCUCCAAAUAGAAGAGAAAAUAAAACAAAGAAUCAUGUAUGAAUCAAAUCCUAACACCUCUAUUCCAGAAGGUGCCAUGACAUAAAUAUUAAAAAGACUUUGACUGUCAGGUCAGUUUUGUUUUUGCACGAAGUUUAAAACUUCUGAAUAACACACAGGGGUCUGUAGUAUUAGAGUUAAUAGAUCUUGUAUUGAAAUUUAUAAAUUUGGCUUUUGUUUAUGCUUUUUAAGCUGCUCAUAAAAAAAGGGGAGAAGAAACUUUAACUCCUACUUUAUGAUAUGUAUAUAUAACAUUCAGAUACAUUGUUUUAUACAUUCUAUAUUUAUAUUCUGGAAAUAAACCGAAUAUAUAUUGGUAAAUGUAAAGGUGUGGAUUGAAAUCCAUUCUUGAGAUUUAUUAUUAUGAUUAUUAGUAGUAAAUAGUAUUAUAAUUA